AUCGCUGAUGCGCAGUGCGUUCAGUCUGGAGGUGUCGCAGUGAUGGCGGAUGUGUCUCUGGACGAAGUGAUCCGCCGCCGCAGUUUCAGUGCUCGAGGAGUCAGUAAGAGGCCUGUGUAUGGCAGAGGGGCAGGGUCAGUGGGCAGAGCCUUUGAUGCCCGUCAGAAGAUUGGCACUAGUGAUGUCAGACAGAGAUUAGGAGUGGGCGGAGCUACAGGAGCAUCUCAGGUGAAGGAUGCAAGGGAGAAACUGGGGCAGAAAGAUGCCCGUUUCCGCAUUCGUGGCAGAGGGGGCACUGCAGGUGCGGUACAGGACGCGCGACAGAUGAUCAACUCUCGUAAACAGCAGCAGACGCCGGUAACGCCAGCCCAGUCUCCGCCCGUCAAACCCACCGCAACAGGAAUGCCACACAUACACAUCCACAACACCGGAUCAGUCGGAACCGCUGCCAGGAACUUCCCCACCAAUCAGGGACUGAGCUUCAGAAUGGGCGUGGCUUUGCAGCCAAGAGGUGGAAUUACUAAAGUAGUUGAUGCACGUGAUAGGUUGAGCUUAAAGAGGAGUGUCCCGUCAAUGUCCAGUCAGAGUGCAGCAGCUCUGAAGAUCACUAAAACCAUCCAGCAGAGGCCUGUGGGAAUGACCAGUGGCAUCCGGAUUAAUGUUCCUAGUGCGGCAACUCAGGACGUGUCAGCUGAUGAUGAUGAUGAUGAUGAUGGUGUGAUACCCAAUAAACAGAUGAAGAUCACAACAGCCAACAGUCUGCAGACACGAAUCGGAUCUCUCUCUGCUCCCUUCACUAAAGUGGUGAAGAACGAUUCUUACACACCCGCAUCCGUCCCUGUGCCACCCUCUCGCCCGCCUGCCCGCCCCCCCACACAGAGCCUGCAGCCCGUCUCCAGGGCAACAGGUGCUACACAACAGACAGUCGGAGAUGCCGGUGUUCAGACUGCUGCACCACAGCCGGUGUUAAGUCCUCUCGAGGGCACAAAGAUCACCGUGAACAACCUUCAUCCUCGAGUCUCUGAGGAAGAUAUAGUGGAGUUGUUCUGUGUGUGCGGCGCACUAAAACGGGCGCGUCUGGUCAAAGUGGGCGUGGCUGAGGUGGUGUUUGUGCGUAAAGAGGAUGCAGUCAGCGCAUACAGGAAGUACAACAACCGCUGUCUGGAUGGUCAGCCGAUGAAGUGUAACCUGCACAUCCAGGGAAACAUCAUCACGUCUGAGCAGCCCAUCUUACUGAGGUUGAGUGACACUCCUGGUGCCACGGGUUCGGUUCAGAAGAACACCUCCGGCUCGUUCCGCUCCGGCUCCAGAACCUCGUCCACCGCAGAAGUGGAUCCACAAACCAUCCUGAAAGCGCUCUUUAAAUCAUCCAGUCAGCAGCCCAGCACCAGUGCCAGCGAGACGCCCGGCGCCACCGCCUUCCGCAUCAAGAUCUAACACACACUAACAUGACGUGUGACGUGUGUCACAUGGUGUACAUCUGGGCUCUGAUUGGCUCUGUGUUUAUUAGGAGGGGUUCAGUGAUCGUCCUGGUUCACAUUAAACACUUUUAUUUCUGUUUCAUAUUUUAAAUAGUUGUCAUGUGGGUGAGACUCGUUCACAGGUGAAUAGUAUUAAUACUGGAGCAGAUCUGUGAGUGUCUCUGAUGUUUGUUUAUGCUUUCCUCGCUUUUUCUCCAGUAAAUCUCUCACUUUAUAAUCCUGUCUGUUUGUGUGUUUUUAUAUUUAUAGUGUUUGCCACUAUUG